AUGUUGGACGAACAAUCAACUUGUCAGCAUGGCUUUCAGGAACCGAAUUAUUCAUCCAUUGCCAAAGCAGUUGCUAUUGCCUUAAUUAGUUUGUGCAUCAUAAUUGGAAAUGUUUUGUGUCUGUGUGUGCUUAACUGUCCCAGAAGUAGGGGUUAUUUUAUGGAGACGUCUCGGAUGCUGAUGACGUCAUUAGCCUGUACAGACUGUAGCAUGGGGAUUCUUGUUACGUCGUUGUGCAUAUACCCAGCCUUAUAUACAUGUUGGCCAUUUGGACAAUUCUUGUGUAAAAUUCAAGCUGUGUUGCUGUCUAGCUUGUUCCACGAGUCAACAUUAUCUUUGACGCUCAUAGCCGUAGAUAGAUACGUCUCAAUUACGUUUCCAUUGCGGUAUCCGUCAGUAAUUAAAAGAUCUACCGUAACGUUGGCUAUUGUUUGCACAUGGCUGGGAUGUUUCGUUGUGUACUUUAUUGUGGUAUUCGUUUACGACCAGUAUUACUAUGACGUAGUCGGAGUUAAUUGCGAACCAUUAUACGAAAACAGCCAUAUGACGUUAACUGUUUUGUUCCUGUUUUAUUUAGUGCCCGGUAUAGUCAUGAUAUUUUGUUAUACCAGAGUGUUUCAUAUAGCUUUAUAUCAAAGGAGUAGACAAAGACAAAAUUCGGUUUGUCAGAUUAGCGACUAUGCAUCUUUAAAUCUUAUAAAAAACUAUUUGUCUAUUUCUGAUGCAGCAACAGCUGCAACGAAAACUCUUGGAUUGAUAACCGUGGGUUUCUUUGUAGCUGUAACACCAUGGACUGUCGGACAACUUCUUGCUUCUUUAGCUAAAAUCAUCAUUCCAGAUAAUUUGGACUUUGCGUUAACAUGGCUAGCCAUUAGUAAUAGUGCCUGGAACGUUUUGAUAUACGCAGUUACCAACGCAUCAUUUCGUAGAGCAACAAGACUUCUGCUGUGUCAUAAUUCGAGAUCUCAUCAUCGCGAUCGCGUAAAGCUUCAAUAUCCGCCUAAAAGUAGCAUCACCUGA